CCUCCACAUCCCGAGCAUCUUUGUCGAUCCGUCCACCAGGAAGGACAGUCUCUCCCUGUUCAUUGACAAAACCACGGGGCAGUUUCUGUGCAAGGACACACUUGUGGACGGGAGCUGGGAGGAUUUCCAGGAUUGUCUGGAGGUGAUGCAGAAGGAGGAGCAGGACUUCCUCAGCCCUCAUGUGAUGCUGGGAUACCCAGAGAGCUUGGACGAGCAGGAGGAGGGGGAGAGGGAGCUGAGGGAGGUGCAGAGGAUCUGGUCCAGCGCUGUGCCCUUCAAUGACCUCCCCGAGGACGAAGCUCAGCUGAUUAAAACCAUGUUCCAGAUUACAAAGGUCUCUAAUGCAACCCUCAAGAAGUUUGGUGUGAGGCUCUUCAAGCCUACCAAGAGUCUGGUUUUCCCCUGGUUCGCUGGACCCGACUCCUCCUUGAAGGGGUUGAAGCUCCUCUCUGCCCAAAACACUGACACUGAGAAAGUUACAUAUAAUGAAGCUACAGUUCCAAAGAUUAGUUCUUACUACAACCUGUUUGGCCUCACGCUGGUGGGCCGUAUGGACUCUGAGGUGGUUCUGACUGGACACGAGCUUGACACUCUGGCUGUGAGUCAGGCCACAGGACUCCCCAGCGUUGCUCUUCCACGUGGGGUCAGCUGCCUUCCUCCGAUGCUGCUGCCCUAUCUGGAACAGUUCAAGCGGGUGACGCUGUGGCUGGGACAUGACAUUCGCUCUUGGGAGGCGUCAAAGAUCUUUUCUCGUAAGCUGGGUCUGAGGCGCUGCUCUCUGGUGCGACCGGGGGAAGACCGACCCUGUCCUUUAGAGGCGCUAGCACGAGGGAAGAACUUAAGCCGCAUCAUCAAAACCUCCAUCCCAGCGGCCCAUAAGUCUAUAGUGUCCUUCAAGCAGCUCAGAGAGGACGUGUAUGGGGAGCUGCUGAACACAGAGCAGGUGGCUGGAGUGAAGUGGACGAGGUUUCCAGAGCUCAAUCGGAUUCUAAAGGGACACCGCAAGGGGGAGCUGACAGUUUUCACAGGUCCAACUGGCAGUGGGAAGACCACCUUUAUCAGCGAGGUGGCCCUGGACCUUUGCAUACAGGGCGUCAACACGUUAUGGGGAAGCUUUGAGAUCAACAACGUGCGUCUGGCGAAGAUCAUGCUCACACAGUUUGCCAUGCAGAGGCUGGAGGAGAACCUGGAGCAGUACGACUUCUGGGCAGACAAGUUUGAAGAGCUGCCACUUUACUUCAUGACUUUCCACGGGCAGCAGAACAUCAAGACAGUACUGGACACUAUGCAACAUGCUGUGUACCUCUAUGAUAUUAACCACGUCAUAAUUGACAACCUGCAGUUCAUGAUGGGGCAGGAAAACCUCUCAAUAGACAAGUAUGCAGUUCAGGACCACAUUAUCGGGGCGUUUAGGAAGUUUGCCACCAACACCAGCUGCCACGUCACUCUGAUCAUUCACCCCAGGAAAGAGGAAGAUGACCGUGAGCUGCAAACAGCAUCUAUCUUUGGUUCUGCAAAGGCCAGCCAAGAAGCAGACAACGUCCUCAUUUUGCAGGAGAAGAAGCUGGUGACGUGUCCUGGCCGGAGGUCCCUGCAGGUGACCAAGAACCGUUUCGACGGAGACGUGGGCAUCUUCCCUCUGGACUUCAUCAAGUCCUCGCUCACCUUCUCGGCUCCCAUCAAGGGCAAAGUCAAGCUGAGGAAAGUCUCCACCAAGCCAGAGAACGAGGAGGUCGGAGGGGAAAGAGGUGGCAGCGAAGAAGGACGAGGUUAAGAGGGAGAAGGCAGAGAAAGCAAACAAAACAACAAAGACUUCACGACCUGCUAAGAAUCCUGCAACUGGAAAAUAAACCAUCAGCAACAUUUGACCUCUUCCACAUUCAUAUUUGAAGUCAGAAAAAAGGAAAACUUUGCCCUUUUGCAUUAAAGAUAACAUUGCCAGACAGUUUUAUGUCUAUAAAAUAAGGUCCAAGUAAGCUGAACAUUCAGUAUAUUAUAAUAAUAAUGCAUACAGAAUUGUAUGUUAUAGAUUAUAUGAAAUAACAGCUCUGAUUGUAAUAAUCUAUGACACGUAUUGUUUCAGAUCACAAAAGAUUUGUUUCAUUCAGAAUGUGAAAUAAUGAUGGUAAAGUGUUGAACAGUUUCUAAAGCUCAUCUGUGGUGAUACUACUGCUUAAAAGUGUCGAUAAAAUCCUGUUAAACUUUGUCCUCAGUUACAAAAUAUACUGUGAUACAAAGA